AUGGUUGACUCUUACAAUUGUUUACGUCUAGAUAAUAAACACGUUUUCCAGGUUGAAAUUUAUGAAGACAAGGACAAGCAGAAAUUCUUCGAACUUGAUAAUAAAAAAAUUCUAUUUAAGAACUUAAGAGUUGGGCAACUCGCGAAAUUUAUCUCUGUACAAGAAAAGUUUGAAGUUUCGAAGCUUUGGAAAGUUGACGUUGAUAAGAGUAAGCUUAAUCCUGGUUCUACUGACGAUGACAUUAAAGAACUUGGAGGCGUGUCUAUGGAAUUUGAAUACGACUUUAUAGAUUAUUUUCAAGAGGAUUAUAAACCCACGAGAAAGAAAAUCCACAUCGUUGCUGUCUUUUACGAUCGUGAUCAAGCUCUACAUUUGAUGUUAGAAGUUGCUUGUUCUAAUUACGAGGGUCGCAAAAAUUCUGACCACAAACCUCAUAAAUUUAUCCUAAUUCCCGGAGGAAUAGGAAUAGGCAAGACACGAAUGGGCUGGGAAUCAAAUCAUUUAUCCUCUGCUCUAACACUAGAAAAUACCGACACCUAUGACAAUAAAUUUGUGGAAGCUCUGAAAAGUCCCUGUUACAUCUUUGUUGACCUGAAUAAUGGAUGCCAGUAUCUUGAAGGCUUUGAUGACAAGCAAGAUGCAAGUGUGCGAAUAGGGGCGCGUAUUGCAUUGUCAUCAGGUUUGGUACAUCAUAGUCGUCUAUCUGCUCUGAUGAGCGAAGUAACUGAUGACAUUAGGCUUUUCAGCCUUUCUGAUGUGAUUUAUGAGAUCCUUAAACGUCUCAUUAAAAAAGACCAAAAAGACCAGUGUCCACUUGCCAUCAUUAUCCAUCUCGAUGAGUAUCAAUUAUACAUCAAUGAUAUUGUAAAGUACCAACAACGAUCACGGAUGAUGGCUCGCGAAUUCUUUAAAUUAAUGUUAAAAGAGAUCGGUAGUGUCAUGCGUGGACAGUAUUAUGAUGAAAUUAAAGAGGAAUAUUAUGGAAAAUAUUUUAUUAUUCCAAUCUGCACAGGAACGUCUGCCAUUGACGUUCAUUUUUUACCUACGGAGUAUCCUAAUGAGUUGGUGGAUCUCAAGCCGUUGAAUUAUGAAUCAGCAAAAUCAAUGUUUCUUGACAAGUAUGAAUAUUCAAUGCAAACAACCGAUGAAAGAAGAGAUCUAGUGAUACAAGGCCUCAAAUUACAUCACUCUUCUGAUAUUAAUAAUGAAGAUAUCGAAAAUCUUUCGGCGGAUUUUUGUAACUCUGUCCUGAAUCAACAACACUUCUAUAUUGCUAUGUUUGACACUGGUUUCAUUCCGAAGUUCAUUGAUGAUCUCUUAAGCCCUCCUAUCCUCAUGUCAGAUUUUGAUUGGGGGAAUCAACUUUUCACUACAAUGUCUAAUCGGAACAUUGUUAAAAUUAAUAAGGGUUCGGGUAGUUGGAAGAGUUUGGAUGAUAUACGUACCAUAAUCUCAUUUGGGCUUACUAGACAGCCUAUUAAGCGAGAUUUUCUACUAAAUAGCCGUACUUCCAUUGGUGAGCUUGAACGAGCUGGUUUGGUCUAUCUAUCCAACUCUGAAUAUGAUUGGUAUACUAUUGUUAUGCCCUUCAUGCUAUUAAAGAUGCUUAAUAACUCGCUUCUGGUUUCUAAAGUAGAAACUGUGUUUCCAGAUCACCUUCUCUUAAUUCCGACACAUGAUUCCCCUUGGGAGUGGCAAAAAUUUGAACUUCUAUACGGACAUUAUCAAAAAGCUCUUAUCGAUAGUUUAAUCAACGUUAAGGAGUCAAAAUUGUUAUCCAUUAAUCAUAAAAUUCAGCUACUCCAAUUAGACUUACAAGAAGAAGUUGAUGCUAACACAAAAUUGCAAAUCAAAGAUGAAAUCGAGAUGCAAGAUAUAAAUCUUACCAAUGAAACGAAUAUGAACUGGCAACUAUCUGACAUAUUUCGUGGUGCAAAAGGCGCUGAUACACUUCUUCAACGUAGAGUACGAUUGCACAAACUUAAAGUCUAUACUGAGAAUGAGAAGUUUCUUGUAAAGACAAGUGACAUUGCCAAAUUUACUAAAUUUGUAUCAUGUGAUGAUAAUGUGACACGCGAAUUUGACAAAGGCAUUUUCCGCUGUUAUCAAGGAUGUGCUAACAUCGAUCACCGCUGGGUUCUUGAUUCCGCUGAUGAGGGAAAGAAAUUAGCAAUUUUUUCACAAAUUAAAUAUUCAGAACGCGAUGCAACUACUACUAUUUCCACGCCAGCGAUUAAACGAUGGUAUGAUACAACAAUGGCAUCAAUAAAAAGUUACGAAAACGAGUACGACGUAAUCCUUGUCUUGUUUACAAACCGGACCUGUACGGGAACUAUUGACAUAGAAGAAAUGCCUCAACUGCUACUCAUUUAUCCAGAAAAUAUCGAGAAUUACCUUUCUCCAACAUUUGCUCAUCGUGGUUUAGUGAGUGGUCCAAGUGAAAAUGAUUAUUGA